AUAAAAAGGGAUUUGAUAAGAAAGAAAGAAAAUCGAUAUAAACGAAGACCCAAAUCUACUCUACACCGGCAGCCCGGAGCAAGCUCCCCCUUACAAAUAACGGGUGUAGUAGAUUUGGGGGGUUUUAUCAAAGAACUCAUUUUCUGUCUUAAUGGCUGUCCCUCUCUCGAACCACUCCUCCCUCUUCUCUCCUCGCCUCUCUGCUUCCUUCUCAUCCCCAAAGCCCUCCAAAACCGUAGCUCAUUUUAAACCCCUCCAUUACCACCAUUCCCCUCAUCUCUGCAAACCCAUUCUAGGGUUUCUUCCUCUCACCAAACCAUCCCCAAUCUCGAACAGUACCAACUGCAGGCGUUCCUUCCAGUUCCAUCUCUCUGCCCGAGACUCCGUCCCCACCACAAAUGGUGAGGAGGAGGCUAGUCAAAAUGAUGUAAAAACAGCAGAAAGUGAAGCAGAUCAACAACAACAAUCCAGUUUAAAGAUCCUCAUUGAAGUUUACAAGGAAGCUAUUCUUGCUGGAGAUGAAAAGACUGUAUCUGAUAUUGAGGCCAGGAUACACAUAAUAGAAAAUGAGAAGAAUGAAUUGGCCCAGAAAGUAUCUGCUUUAUCAAUUGAAAUGACUACUGGAAAAGAGAAAUAUAUCCGCUUACAAGCAGAUUUUGAUAAUUUUAGGAAAAGAUCAGAGAAGGAGAGACUUACGAUAAGGUCUGAUGCCCAAGGAGAUGUAAUUGAGAGUCUUUUGCCCAUGGUGGAUAAUUUUGAGAGAGCCAAGCAACAACUUAAACCAGAAACAGAAAAGGAAAAAAAGAUUGAUGCAAGUUAUCAAGGUAUAUACAAGCAAUUCGUGGAGAUAAUGAGGAGCUUGCGUGUGGCUGCUGUAGCAACAGUAGGAAAGCCUUUUGAUCCCUCGCUGCAUGAAGCCAUUGCACGUGAGGAGUCUCAAGAGUUCCAGGAAGGGAUUGUAACUCAAGAAUUCCGCCGUGGGUUUCUGCUUGGGGACCGGCUUUUGAGACCGGCAAUGGUUAAAGUUUCUUCGGGACCUUGUAGUGUGAAAGCCCCUGCAGCUGCUGACAAAUCCACCGACCAACCUGCAACCGCUGCAGGAGUGGAUGAACGAUAGUUUUUCCAGCUCAAGCUCAAUUUGAUGUACCAGUAUAUCCAGUUUAUAAGCAAGCCUACCUGGUAUUUUCAUCAGCUUGUGAAGCUUUGUUGAACUCUUUUUUUGUUCUGCCCGGGCAAAUUGAGUUCCUGGGCAUCUAGGCUUUACAAGUUAGUUUUGAUUUGCCACAUCCAGGCACAUAUUCAUAUUUUUGUUUUCGAAAGAUGGCGAUGACUCAAUUUGUAUCUCAAGAGAACAUUCAUGUGGGCAAAAUGUUACUAUCACACGUGGCUUGUGACGACCGUAUAUAUAUAUAUAUAUAUAUACACACACUCUCAAACACGUUUGUGCUGGUUGAUGUUACAUUUGAUGCAACUCUUUUAUAAUGUUCCA